CCUGAGAGACCGGAAGUCAGUUGGCGACGGACCAACAGAGCAGCAGAGCAACAGCAGCAGCAGCAGCUCGGACCGGCAGCUUGUUUCAGGACAGACAGCUGUGUGCUCUGUGAGAGCUGUAAACUGUUAAUAGUACAGUAAAAACACCGGCUACUCUGAGUUCUAGCUAUAUGAUUUACCUAUUUAUUGUGUUUUUAACCGGAUAACUACAUGGCUACUACAGAGCGCAAAGACUCCUCAGCUCGAGAAGACCUGUCCAGGCCAGUGACUCGCUACGGCUCCAUAGACAGCAGCGGGGAGCAUGACCAUCACAAUAACAAUCAUGGCAACAACCACAGCAACCAUCGGUGUCCCACGGCGGCGGCAGGUCAUUGGGUCGCGGCUGAUCCGGAAGAGGAGGCCUUUCGCAGGAAGUUGAAAUACUUCUUCAUGAGUCCCUGUGAUAAAUAUCACGCCAAGGGCCGCAAGCCUUACAAGCUGAUCCUGCAGCUGCUCAAGAUCAUUAUUGUCACAGCUCAGUUGGUGCUGUUUGGUCUCAGUAACCAGGUGGUGGUGUCCUUCAAGGAGGAGAACACUAUGACCUUCAAGCACCUCUUCCUCAAAGACUACGACGAGUCCUCAGACGACUCCUUUGCUGUUUACUCACAGAACGACGUCUACGACCACAUCUUCUACGCCGUGGAUCAGUAUCUGACCUUACCAGAGACCACAGUGGGACGCUACGCAUACGUGUACGGUGUUGGCGUGAACGGCAGUGCGCUCUCCCUCUGCCAACAGUACUACAAGAAGGGAAGCAUCGACCCAGCCAAUGACACCUUCAAUAUAGACCCUCACAUCAUCACAAACUGUAUAGGCGUUGACCCGCUGGCGUCCCCUCCGUCUCCGCUCACCAGCAGCUACAAGAACUUUACACUCAAGUUCCACAAGCUCAUUAACGUCACCAUAGAUUUCCAGUUGAAGGCGAUCAAUAUACAGACCAUCAUCAACAAUGAGAUCCCCGACUGCUACACCUUUUACAUCACGAUAGUCCUGGACAACAAGGCUCACAGCGGCAAGGUGAAGAUCCGGUUAGAAAACGAGGCAUCAAUAAAGGAGUGUAAGGACCCGAGCGUCUCUGGACACGCUGAGAACUACACACGUCUAGCGUUUGAUGUCGCCGUGGCUCUGGUGUGCAUACUGUCACUGGUGCUGUGUGGACGCUCUAUUCUGCGAGGCAUCAUGCUGCAACAGGAGUUUGUGCAGUUCUUCAGGGAGAAUCUGAAUCGUAAAGUGCGCUGGGAAGACCGGAUGGAGUUCAUUAACGGGUGGUACAUCCUCCUUAUCAUCAGCGACAUCUUCACCAUCACUGGCAGCAUCAUCAAAAUCGGCAUCGAGUCUAAGACUAUGUCCUCAUACGACUUGUGCGGCAUCCUGUUGGGAACCUCCACCCUCUUGGUGUGGGUCGGAGUAAUUCGCUACCUCACGUUCUUCCAGAAGUACAAUAUUCUGAUCGUGACACUUCGAAUUGCGUUUCCCAACGUGAUUCGGUUCUGCUGCUGCGUGGCCGUCAUCUAUCUGGGCUACUGCUUCUGUGGCUGGAUCGUCCUGGGACCGUACCACGUCAAGUUCCGCUCCCUGUCCAUGGUGUCAGAGUGCCUCUUCUCCCUCAUCAACGGGGACGACAUGUUCGUGACGUUCUCCGAGAUGCAGGAGAGCAGCACUCUGGUGUGGGUGUUCAGCCAAGUUUACCUGUACACCUUCAUCUCCCUCUUCAUCUACAUGGUGCUGUCGCUGUUUAUCGCUCUCAUCACAGGAGCCUACGAGACCAUCAAGCACCAAACCCAGCCACCCAUGCACAUCACUGACCUGCAUGCCUUCAUAGCAGAGUGUACGGACGCAGCGAACUCUGGGAAGUUCAAAGGUCUGGAGACCUCGCCGUGCUCCUUCUUCUGCUGCUGUGACAGAACGACGACAUAUGAGGACGUCCUGUUGGUUAACUGAAGUUGACCUCAGUGAACUCAGAAGCCUCACUAUCCUCCCCUGCUGACCACAGGGACACACUGCACCUUCCUGACGCCCCAGUGUCUCUGUACCAACAUGCUGUAUCUGGGUCAAACCUCAUUACUCAUCUGAGGGGUCACCAACAGCUGGACCAGCACUCUGUACAAGAAAGUCUUCUUAUUGGACCUCUUAUCAUGAAGACGACAGGAGGACAGGACUCGGCAGCAUCUUGGAUGACUGAUGCACAAACACUUUUGUGUUGAUCGUUACUGGUUUUUUUUUUAAAACGAAAACGGUAUCUUUUCUAAUGCAUUUAAUGUUGCACAAGCCAGGAGCAGGAACUACUGUCACGAUACUAAGUUGGUGCCAUGAUGAGGAGGAGAGCAGUAGUGCAUACACGGUGCUGACUGUUUUUAUUUUUUUUUUGUUUUUCCUUUUAUAGUAUUUCAAAAUACCUCCUGAGGACAGGGCACUUAUACAUCUCACAAAACAUAUCCAACAACUUUGGAGUUAAUUCAUACAGAAUGAGGGAAAUCCACCUCAUAGUCUUUUUAGAGACAAUCAGGGAGAUGGCUUCUAGAAAGAUGUGUGAAAACAGGACCACGAACGGACGCACAGUGUGAGGUUUCAGUUGUGGAACUGAUUUGUUUUUGUCUCCCGUCAGCUGCAACCAUCAGUAUAAAGUUUCAAACAGCUUCUUUAGCUGCAGUUCUACCGCACAAGCAUCACGCUGCCUUCAAAUGUGGAUACUAGUGUACUGCUGUAUAGUAGACUAUGUGAUGUAUUGUAUUUAUCUGAGUAAUGAUCAAUAUAGUGUCACUAAUGAAGCACUCAACAUUGUCUGUGGUUAGCUACAACGAGGAAAGCUGUCCUCCAGAGCCUUAUGCAUGUUUCUAAGUAUGUCGAGGAGGAAAGAGUUCAUCCAUUAGACGGUAGAAAUGUUCUUCAUUUCUAUAAAACACUGAUGGCAGUCUACAAACUGUAUCUGAUGUGUUUUUUACGCAGUGGAGCAGGGUUUAGGGUAGAUAACCUUAAUGAGAGCAGAAACUUCUGUAAUAAUGUCCUGUCAUACUGAAUCAUGCUUUUGUUAGUCCGUUUGUUGUCUUCAUAAUGAUGUCUUGUCUGUAACCCAGUGACUUGAUCUUUAGGAGACGCUUGAAUAUUCUUUUUCUUUGUACCGCAUAAAACGCACAAAUCUAAAGGAGUCUCACAGUCUGGACUCCAGAGGGUGUUUUUAGGAAAGAAGUGUCUUUUAUGAAGAGAUGGUCCAAGCAGUAAUACGUUCAUGGGGUGUAAGAUGACAGUAUUUUUUCAGUCAUCUUGUAUUCUGUCUAAUAAACCAACAGUGUCACAUUGAAGCUAGAUGGCAAACCUGUGCUAAAUGUAACAAUGGCCUUAACUUUAAAUUAAAUGUCAUGCAUGUAUAAUAUAUAUAUAUAUAUAUAUAUAAUCUAGUAUUACCUAGAUGUACCUUUCCUACAGUUUGAUGUUUUUUUAUACGAAUGAUUUGUAAUGUAAAAAUGCAAAGUUGUCCUGGCGUCAUCUAUUUGGUGUUAUAUGUAUGCCAAUCUACUGAUUAACGUUUCCCGGAUCAUCUUUGAUAUUAAAACAUAGUUUUGUUUCAUUUU